GUCAAAGUCAAUAUAUGAUGUCUGUUUCUGUACAUUAUUAAAAAUUACUUAAAUUAAAAUUUUGAUGAAUAUGAUAUAUAGAACAAAACUUUAAAAAAAAAAUUUUCAGAUUUUAUAAACUUAUGUGUACUUACAGCCAAAAAUGGCAAGCUCAAUAAUAUUAGCCGGCUUAGGUAUGGCUGCAGUUGGAUUUGCGGGUCGCUAUAUAUUACGACAAAUGCCAAAUGCAUCCGUGAAAUUCGCAGAAGCUAUGAAGAAUUUACCAAAAUUUGAUGCUGAAAGUUUAGCUAAUUCAAAAUUUUACAAAGGGGGAUUUGAGCCGAAGAUGACUAAGAGAGAAGCAGCUUUAAUACUAGGUGUUAGCCCCACAGCGAAUAAAGCUAAGAUACGUGAAGCUCACAGAAGAAUAAUGUUACUCAACCAUCCAGAUAAAGGUGGGUCACCACUUAUUGCUGCUAAAAUCAAUGAAGCUAAAGAUGUACUUGAAAGUGGGAAAUCAUAACAUACUUUUUUUUUUCAUUUAGCUUACAUAUUUAAUUUAGUGUAAUAAAAUAUAGUUAGCUAUUCAAUUUAUACUUAUUUAAAUUGAAUAUAUUGCUAGUUCACAGUGAAGUAGUAUAUUAGUAUAAUACCAUUAUAAAGUAAAUGUAUGUUGAACAAUAGAAAAAGUGACAAAAUGAAAAAUAUUUAAUAAAGUUGCUUUGUUCAAAUAAUAAUUAGUUUUAAGUAAUUGAAUCCCAUGUAAAAUUAACAUAUAUUUAAAAAAUAAAUGAUCAAAUGUAACAUCACAAUAAUUUAUUCUAUUACAAAUAACUCAAACAAGUAUUAUUAUAAACACAAAGUCACAUUAAUGGAAUUUUGCACA